AUGUCGUUCAAGCUUUAUGCCACACUUUUUUUCCUCUGUACUUUAUUUGCAAAGCAAAUUCUUGCCAACGUUGAAAAAACCAUUUUCCUUGGCCCUCCCGCUAUCCACGUGCCUCAUGAACAUCCAAAUCUCGAAGAUCUAUAUCUACAGCAUCUGACGCCAUUGCGAUGGUCUCUGCCCACUGAACUUACAGCAACAUUUCCCACUGGAGAUGCUCCCAAAGGAACAGCAUCAUGGUUUCUUCUCAGCGACCUGAAAGAAGGCCAGCGGUACGAAGUUCGAAUCUGCUGGGCAGCCACUCAGCCAACCAAAUUCUGGCUUGAUACAUACACCCUUAACGCUGUGUUUGAUACGCCAGACCUUAUUUCCUCGUUGGCAACAUUCUCUGAAUCUCGCCAGCCACUUCCAGAAGACUUGGAAGAUAUAACUCCAAGAAUGGAUGCCCUGUCAAACGACAAACCUUUGGAAAUCCAACCUGAUUCGUCCAUUCUCUUCCUUCAAGUCUAUGCAGCUGCGGACUAUGUAUCCACCAACAAGUCACUGAUGGAGCAUGUUCCCUUCGUAGUCGUCGAUAUAAUCCUCGAUCCAUUUAUCCUUAAUGUCUUCCCUCGCUCUCUCAUCCCAACGGCAGGUUACCUUGUCGUACUGGCAGUUUUCGCCUGGUUUGUCUCUGGCUUCAUUUUCAAAUUCCUCGACAACCUCGCUCGAUCGAAGCAGCAAGUGCCAGUCGAUGGUCGAGAUGCCCAUAUCGCACCGCAAAAGGAGAUCGAGGAAACCCGAAAAGACAUUUAA